AUGACAUCGGGUGGGCAACCUGCAUUCACCAAACCGGCCUCCUCGCCGACAGAUGACUCCACAAUGGCCACGACUUGGUUCCUUUCUCCGGCUGCCAAUGCAGUAGAUACGACGCAUCAACACGCAGUUGGACCGGCUAAUUUGUUUGACAUUGAACUGGCGAGGCCCUGGGGGUGGCAACGCCAUUGUCAAGCCCACGGGGUGGUUGCGACAGAGAUGCCUGUUUUUCGCACGACAAGCCCGACUAUCACCACCAAGAUAGCUCAGACAAAAAAAUGCCCAUUGAUUGUAAGUUUAAGUUCCGUCCUCGUUCUCCGUAAAUUCAAGAAAACGCAUGGGGUUGGACGUUUCGGGCUUCUUCCCGAGAUCCCAAUCAAGUUGCACGAGUCCUCCACCGCCUCCUCAUUCCCCUUCUAUCGCGGUGCGUUCACCAGUUUCUGCAAACUCGUCUCCUGGGACUAG